AUGGGAAGGGGAGAGAGUGAUGACUCUUCACAAGAGGAAGGAGAAGAGGUGAAUCAAUUGGUUGAUGAGAGUGAGCAAGAGAGUAACCAAGAUGAACCCAUGGAGGAGGUUGAGCCACAAGAGGAGGAGGAAGAACUCCCUAUGUACCAAGAGCACUACAAUGCUCUCUUCUCCAUGGAUUUUGUGGAAACAAGAUACCCACAUGUUGACACAAUGAAGGCCCUUGAAAUCUUUGAGGAUGUGGAGCUAGUUCUCAAGAACAUGCACUUGGGAAAGUUUUUCUCUCAUCACAUGGAAUCGUACAAAGAGCUCACUUGCGAGUUCUUGGCUUCAAUGAGGUACCACAUGUACGAUGAGGAGGAUAGAGCCGACUUCGACCAAGGAUUGGGAUGGAUCACGUUCUUGGCUAAGGAAGAGAAGAGAAUGGUAACCUUUAGGCAGUUGGAGAUCUUUUUGGUUUCAACUAUGGAGAAGGGAUUGAGUGGAACUUCAAGGAAAAGGAGCUCCAAAGGGUUUGGGCUACAAUCGCUGAAGUGGGGUACUCUUCCUCACGAUCUAAAGCCGCUCAAAUCAGGAUCCCAGUGCUUAGGUAUGUGCACAAGGCACUCACUCACACCUUCUAUGCAAGGAAAGCAACCGGCACAAUCAAUGAAGGGGAACUCAAGCUUCUUGACAUGGGAAUCAAACCCAUCCUCUCUCACACAAGCGAUGGCAAGAGGAUUAGAGGAGACAGGUCAACCACCUCAUAGACCACAAGGAAGUGAAUGGGAGGUUCCAAUUCAAGUUCACACAUCCAUUGGCUGGCCCUUCCAAGCUUCUCCUGCCCAACCCAGAGCUCACACAGUCGCCAGGGGUGAGAACAUCGACUUCAGACCCCCUGUGUACACUCUAGUUGGGCAUGAGGAUGAGUUGCGAGAAGAGGAGCCUGAACUGGAUCGAGCUGAGGAUCGAGCAGAGAUUCGAGCUGAAGAUCAAGUUCAGGAGAAUGAAAGUUUGGUUGAGCCUGAGUGUUACUACUUUGAGGAGUAUGAAGCUCCAAGGAUGAACCCCUCUGUUGUGGCUGCUCCCAAGAGGAUUAGACUUCUCCAAAGGUUCAACAAGUGGCAAGGGAAAGCCAUGGACAAGAUGCAAAAGUCCAUGGAUAACGCCCAAACCGCGCAGUCCGGCUGGCCGAGGAACGAACGUUCCACGCUCGGCCAGAAUAUCGUCCGUCCGUCUGAAGUCUCGGCCAAAGUCCAAAACCGUUCGGCCGCGCGCAAGUCACGACCCGGGAAACUAUUGCCCGCGGUCGACCACGCCACAACAGCUUACGCCACAGCCGCGCACGACCGAAGCGCGCGAGCCGGGAAGCAACGCCAUGCGGCCGCGCAACUUGUCUCGCGUACCACGCACGAACGCUCCGUCCGACCCGGGGAACUAUGCCACGCGUCCGGCCGAGAGAUUUCAUCGGCCAAGUUUUCAUCCGUCCAACCACAGCAGCCGACCACGCAUCCGUCCGGCCACGACCGUUCCGAUCGUACUAGGAGCGGCCAUGACCCGAUCAUUCAGCCGAUCGUCCCGACCAAGAAGACAAUCUUGGAGAAGAUCAAGUGGGAGAGGAACCUUUCACAGGAUAUUCAAAAGAGCAAGGGAGUUUCCAUGUUUUCAAAUCUUGCAGCUAGUGAUUGUAACAACUGUCCUGAUUAUGACCGCUCAAGCCGCACCACUACUAGCUCCCCUGAUUCUUUUCAAAUGACUGAACUCAAGAACAUGAUGGCUCAAGUUCUUAAGGGACAGCUCAAGCAUAUCAAUGCAAUAGAAGGGAUGAGUGAUGCUAAUGAAGACCCAUCAAGAGAAUGCAUGGGAGAUUUCUCUAAUGAAGCCAAUGAAGAAGAUGUGAACUACAUUGGAAACUAUGGGAACAAGGGAUACAAUCCAAGCUAUCGCCCAAACCCCAACAUGUCUUAUAGAAACCCCAAUGUGGAGAAUCCUCAAGACCAAGUGUAUCCUCCAAGGUAUCCACAACAACAAAGACCUCCUUACCAAUCUCAAGGAAGUCAAUUUCAGCCAAGGCAAGGAUAUGAGCAGAGAUCAUCAUAUCCGCCCAAGGAGCCAUAUGCUUCUUCACCAAAUCAAGCUCCUCCAAACCAACAAGGUGGGAGAUUUGAAGGAAUCCUCCAACAGAUCAUGGAUGGCCAGAAGAGAAACACUAAAGAGAUGUAUGAGAAGAUGGACACUUUGUUCAGCAAUCUCAACACCAAGUAUGAUGCUGUUGCCACUCAUGUGAAGAAACUAGAGACUCAAGUCACUCAAACUAUGGAAGCUGUUAAGAGACAGGAAGCUGAAUCCAAGAAGUCCUUUUGCAACUCAGCCGCCAUAGAAGAAAGAUUUGAAGACCAAGUUCCAGAAUGGAUGCUUUCAAAACCUACUGUUGAUUGCAUGAUUUGGCCUGAAGAGAAUUACCCAGAGAGAGAGUCCAAUCGAGCUAGAAAGAGAAGACUCUUCCCAAAGAUUAUCCCCAAGACAGAUAACUCAGGAAAGUUGUGCCUUGUAUCAUCAAAGAUUGGAAAUUGCUCUAUCCCCACUGAUUUCCAGAUUGUGGAAAUGAGAGAGAGUAGCCAUAGACCUCUCAUAUUUGGAACCCCUUUCCUGUCUACUGUGGGUGCCAUAUUUGAUUUCCCCAAUCAAAGAAUCUCUUUCAACAAGGUGAACAAGGGUAUGUUCUUCCCUAUGUGUUCAACAAAGAACUCUUUUGUUGACAUGGUCCAAGAGGAGAAAGUUACUUUGAAGCCACCCCAAGAAGGAGAAACUGAAGAAACAAUCAAGGAAGAUCCCAUUCCUAAGCCCAAGCAGCUUGCCAAACAAGCAAGGAGUAAGACUAAGGCCCCUACACCAAAACCGCCCAAGGGAUCAACCAAGAUUGAAGAUGAGGCCAAGCCAAGAAGAAGGCAGUGUGCCAAGGGACAUUCAUGGAGAGAUUGUCUAUCCAGCUGUGAAUCACCCACCAGAUACUCAUUGCAAGGAGAAAAGACUUGGAGGAUCAAAGAUGCCUCUUGUCUCCAUCUUCUCCUGAGUGCCAAGCCUUACAGUCAAGCUAAAGACUUAAAACAAGCGCUGCAUGGGAGGCAACCCAUGAGGAUAGAAGGAGAAAAAGGUGUGAAAACACAAUCCGCGCCAAACCAUUGGCCGCGGACGCGCAAAAGUGAAUUUUGGCCGAGCAAUUUCCAAUCGGGCCGACCGUACGGUCGAGCCGGGAAGGAACGGCUUAUGCUCGGCCGGAUUCACUCUAUCGCGCGACAGAAACCGUUCGCGCGGCACGCACGAACCGGGAAGAAAGGCCGCGAUCGGCCGGAUUUUCGUAUCGGAACGGACCGACCGUGCCGGUCGAUCCGGGAAACAAACUCGGCCUCGGCCGAAAUCUCUCGUCCAUUCGAAUUUGGCCGACCAAAUCGCUCGACCGCGACAAAAUCCAUCGGCCAUCGGCCCAAACUUUUCUCGGCCAAGGUAAGUCCCCUUUUCAUUAAAUUCAAACCGGUUUUAACCAAUCCUAAACCAACUUAA